AUGAAGGAAGCACUAGAGAUUGCACAACACACCUCUCUUGAGCAACAAGCCCAGAGAUCUGUCAACAAACCUCUUUCCCUCCUGACCAAGCCUAUUCUUGGCUACACUGUCGGAUGGUUAUCUGAGCUAGGCAGAAAGGAGUUGCCAGGCUUACUCGACUUCAUCGACAAGAAUCUGCAUCCAACGUGGGAGAAGGGUGGUCUUUACUACCCACGCAACGACAAAGCAAUGGACGAGAACCUGAAAUGGACGCACAUGGAUUCUUUUACAGGUAAUGCUGCCAUCGGCUAUGCCAGACUAAACAUCGAGGAUGGCAUGAAGAAGAUCUGGGAUCAUCCAUGGACGCAGCAGCAAGUGUCUUCGCAACCUUGGCUCGAUGGUAUAAGUCUGGCUGACGAUAUCAAUUUCUCUCGAGGUUUCUGGGAUGCUGAGAGGGGACUCGUUAUCAUCACCAUGAGAACCUGGGAUGGAAGUAGUAAGAUCCUCAAAGCAACUUUGAGGAAUCUGUCUUCUGGAAGCUGGGAUGUUUUCAUAGAUGGCAAGCAAAAGAAGAAGGUCGAGGUCUCCCAGGGUGGGGACAUACAGCUCGAAGUUGAAGUUGGCCGUGUUGAUGUAGAUGUGGUUGCAAGGUGUUCCAAGUUGACCUAG